AUGUCACAACUAAAGAAAACCAAUCUCAAUUCAAUUAAAGAUUUACAAAAAACCACAGAUGAAAAUUUAAGUUUAGUAUUACAACAAUUAGGAUAUGAAGAAUCAUUUACCAUAACAGAUUUAAAACUAGGACUUGGCUUAUCAACAGUUGUCAUUGCUGGUCUAUUAUUUCUUGCUGAUAAGAAGUUUGAAUUUAAGCAUAUUUAUUCAUAUACUGUGACAGCUUGUAUCGUUUAUGGAUUGCUUAAUGCUAUCUUGUUCCUAAUCAAUUUGAAAUACAAAAAUGUCAAAUAUAUUGGGGUGGAUUCCAAGGGUAAUAAAGUAAUAAUUGCGUCAGAUGUGAAUAAAUAUGACCCUAAUUAUAAUGUCACCAUUACCGCUAAAGACAAUGUUGUCAAUGGGUCAAUACCCUUUAACAAGUUUUUUGAUGUUAUUGGAUAUUUCAAUGGAGACGAAUUUACGAAAUUGAUUAGUGAAGAAAUAUCUAGAGUUGGAAAAAAGCAUGAGUAG